AUGCCCUUGCCCCCUCGCGCCCCCCAUGAUCACGUCGCUUCUGCGGUGUCCAGUGCAAGAGCGACCGACGUCUAUGGCAUAGUCAACAUGGCGACAGAUCCCGAAGACACAUCCGCUGCGGGAAAGCCUCGUGCUCCGCUAUCUGCCUACUUCAUUUUCUUGUCAAAGGAACAGGCCACCAUCCGCCAGCAGAUUGCCGAGCAAACUGGACGAGAGCGGGUUCCUCUUGCAGAGGUCCAGAAAGCUGUCAGCGAGAGGUGGAAAAAUCUAUCGGCAGAAGAGCGUCAGGCAUACAAUGAGGAGGCGAGACUUCGGAAGGAGGAGCAUCUCAAACAGGCCGCUCAACAUGGAAAGGAGAAGGGAGGAGAGACAAAGAUGAAAGCUUCCGUAGGCGAAUCCAAGAGAAGGCUCCCUGAUGCAGAAGAAUUAUUCCCGCAGGCCCGCAUCAACAAGAUCUGCAAACUGGACCCGACGCUCCCGCGAGUCACUGCUGUUGCGGCCCAAACAAUGAAUCUUGCCACGGUGUUGGCUCUCCGCCGUUUCGCAAUUUUAGCAGACGGGUGCCGCAGAGGGCGGGGUACUCUGAUGAAGGAGGAUGUCUUGACAAUGAUUCGUCGCGGAGGGGCGGACACCAAAGUUCUGCAAGGCAUCCUCUACGCUUUAGAUACAGAUGGCAGUAGCGAUGAUGAAGGUCGAGCGGACUUGCAUAACACUGCCAUCAACUCUCGGAAUGCGGAGUCGGACGAGGUGGUCGCAGGCGCACGCUCCGGUCAACAAGAAUGCACCGAUUUGAAGCGUGACAGUGCAUGUGGCAAGGAGAGACCAACAUUGGCAAAGCCUCGGAACUGGAACGGAGCGCAGCCUGCAGGGAAUAAGAAGAAAAAGGGGGGAUCAAGAAGUCUGCAGUGUGCGGACAUAACUUCGUUUUUCUCUCGUGUACGUUGA